CGUCGUACAUGAACUCCUCAAAGAAUCAGCUGGAUCUGGCUGCAGGGCAUUCAUUGAAAGUGUUGCGCUAUUGAUUUUGUUGCCUUGUUUCAUUAGUUGGCUUUUGAUAAAUCGGAAAAAAUCGUGUUUAUGUUCAUCUAACCAAACAGGUUUCUAGAAUAUCACCUGGAAAUCUUUUAUGUUAAUAUGAUCCAUUAAAUAUUUCAGAUAGGCAAAGUAGGUUGAAUCGAGAUCCGAGCAAACACGACUUAAACUUAGUCAAUUUCGAGAUGCCAUAAAAUCUGAUAUUCUAGUUUUCACAAUCAAGAGGCUUUCGUUCAAAGUGAGUACUUUUUCUCACCUAUUCUCGUGUUCGAGUAUGGCUAUUGUGGAUAAAGCAAUCUGGGAGAAACCAGAAGAAGAUGAGAAGAUAGAGUUCUUGGAACAAAAGCCUGCAGAUUUCGAGACAGCUGUUUCUGCCACUAGUUUCGGAAAGUUCAAUUGGUUUCUGAUAUGUGUUGCGAUUCCAGUAAGCUGGGCUAACCUUUUCGAGACCACUACUAUGUCUUAUGUCUUUCCAGCAGCCCAGUGCGAUCUGAAUUUAACCUUAGAGGAUAAAGGAAUGCUCAACGCAGCCGUGUAUUGUGGAACUAUAACUAGCGCCUUCUUUUGGGGAUUCUUUUUCGAUACUUUCGGCAGGAGGAAAUUGCUGAUGAUUGGUUACUUUUUGGAUGCUGCCUUAGUAACCUUUAGUGCAUUUGCACCCAACAAACAUUUCCUGAUGAUAUUGAAAUUUUUUGGUGGUUUCAUUAUAAGUGGACCCUAUGCUGCUGCUCCUACGUAUUUAUCCGAACUUCAUGCUGCCAAAUAUCGCUCCAGAAUGCCUCUCUUACUAGGGGUUGGGAUGUCUCUUGGUAGUAUGUUUCUUCCUUUAUUGGCCGCUGUGAUACUCCCUUUAAAUUUCAAAUUUUUCCUGGUGAGCAAUAUGGCUUUCAAUUCUUGGGGCCUAUAUCUCCUGAUCAAUGCUGUUCCUGCCCUGCUUAGUGCAAUUAUAUUCGUUUUUCUGCCUGAAAGUCCGAAAUUUCUGAUGUCUAUGGGAAGGAAUAGUGAGGCCCUAGACGUUUUUCAGAUGAUGUACAGAAUCAACACUGGAAAUCCCAUAGAGAUGUAUCCUGUGAGUGUACUUCAAAAAUAAAAUAUUAAGGAGAAAUUGAUAUACAGAGUGAGUAGAAAAAACGCUCACAAUUCAUGUCUUCCGUGAU